CAUAUAGGACAUGUAGGAAAUUUUAAUAUUAAGGAGUCGGAAUGCAUUAAAAAUAGUAAUUAAAAAAGAAAGACACCGAUAAAAAAACAUUUUCAAAAAUUAUAUGAAUUUAAGGACAUAUAUAACUGUAUAUCUAUGUAGUAUUUUCUGAAGAUGGAGAAAAUAUAUAUCAAAAUGAUCUUAAUUUGGAUGUUAACUGCCUUUGUACUGUUCAAGGUAGCAAAAUUAGAACUUAUUCCAUCUGCCUCUCAGAACAUAACACAAUGUGGAAACAGGACAUGUUACCACGAUGCACGAUGUCGAGACGCUGCUAGAAGCACAUGCAUGUGUCUAAGUGGAUAUAAGGGAAAUGAGUGUAACGUCGAUGAAGAUGAAUGUCACGGGGGAGGACCAUGUUUUCAUCGUGGAAAGUGUUACAACACCUUUGGAAGUUAUCGAUGUGCAUGCCAUGAGGGAUGGACCGGCGAAGGAGAUCAUUGUAGCGUUAAAGAUAAUUCAACGACUGUUCGUAAGUGCGAUGAAGGUUGGGGUGGUGAAUGGUGCCAGGAUGAAUGCCUCAAUGAUACGACGUGCGGGCCACAUAAAGUGUGUGUCUUUCGAAAUACUGGUAUUAUCUCCAAAUCGGGCCAUCGGUGUCGCUGUGCUCCAGGUUGGACGGAUCCUGACUGUACACGUGAUGAAAACGAAUGUGCUCUUCCUCAUAAUCAAUGCCCAAAAGACAGAUCUUGUCUUAACACACCGGGUUCUUAUCUUUGUACUUGUCUACCAGGCUGGAAGGGAAACAACUGUACGACAGAUAUCGAUGAAUGUUUGGCAAAUACAUGUCAGCACGCAACAAAUUGUACGAACACGGCGGGAUCCUACAAUUGCACGUGUGAAAAAGGCUGGACGGGAGCGAACUGUACAGAUGACAUUGAUGAAUGCUCGCAAAACCCGUGUAAAAAUAGACAGACGUGUAAUAACACACUGGGGUCAUAUGAAUGUCACUGUAAUGCAGGCUGGAAUGGCACUAAUUGUGAUGUAGAUAUAGAUGAAUGCAAAUUAUCACCUCCGCCCUGUCUCAAUGCUGGAACUUGUCUUAACACAAACGGCUCCUACCAUUGCAAAUGUUCCUCUGGUUGGACGGGAAGAAACUGUAACAACGACGUUGACGAAUGCAUGUCAAGUCCAUGCUCCGUUAGACAAACGUGUAAUAAUACCUUAGGAUCGUAUGAAUGUCACUGUAAAAGAGGAUGGAAUGGUUCCAAUUGUGAUGUUGACAUAAAUGAGUGUCUAGCAAGUCCAUGUCUGAAUGCCGGAAACUGCGUGAAUACGAAUGGCUCUUACUAUUGCAAUUGUACUUCCGGUUGGCUGGGAGAUAACUGUGAAGACGACAUCGACGAGUGCAAAGGAAAUCCUUGUAAUGGCACACUGACAUGCACAAACAGUCUCGGGUCGUAUUCUUGUUCAAACGGACAAACGAGCGCAACAGUUUCAGGAAAUACGGACGCCAGAAAAACGUACAUUAUUGUAGGUUCAGUCCUUGGAGCGUUUCUUUUGUUAUGCUGUAUAGUUGCAUUUGUCUUUAUGUGGAAGAAGAAGAAGAAAAGGAACGGGGCGCGUGUUUCUACGUUAAAUGGCAAUGAAAAAUUCAGUAGUAAGAACAACACAGUGUCAACACCAAACUAAUUGUUGAGAUACAGAACGAAAAGACAAGAUGUGCUUCACAAACAUAUAACAUUGAAAGUGCUUUUAGAUUUAAUGUUUGUAUUUUAUCUAAAAUAUGCAAUUCUCUUGUAAUUUUGUUGUGAUUAAUGCUUCCGAGGGAUCACUUUGUUUCCAGAUUUUUAUUGACUUUGAUGAAAAUUUGUUUAAAGUGUAUAAAGACUUUUCUGGUAUUUUUUUUAAACUUGAUAAUCAUUUUCACGAAUAAUCAUAUUUUACUGUAUCCCUCUUUAUUAAAGUUACUAUUUUAAAAGGUGAAUUAAAAAAGUUUUAAAUUGUCAUUGUAGUAAAAAUUACUUGAAGUGUUUCACUUCCUGUAGAAAUAUGAAAAAUCAAAUUGAUUGAAUAGGUUUUUUUUCUAUUAUACUAAUAAAA